AUGCCGAGAAAAAAACGCACAAGCAAAGCAAUAGUAAUUAAAGAUGAAUUCGAAGAGAAGCCAAAUGGCAGAUCGAAGAAGAAACGAGUAGAGCCUCCCCCUCCUGAUCUGGACUUCGAAAGAUGUUGGAGACAACCAUUUGCUCUCUUCAAAAAUGAAGUUGAACGGCUCGGACGGGAAGUUGGUGCCUCCGAAGAACAAAAACUCCGCUUGAUGACGAACUGUAGAGACGAAUGCCAACGAACGAUUAUGCGGAUCACCGAAAAGAACAGACGAGAACUCUGUCAAUAUGUGACUGGCAAAGAGAACCUAAGAAAGUUCAAGGCGACUUUCUCCGAAGACGAAGAAGACCCUAUUGACAUCAAGGAAUUUUUCGGCGAUUAA